GAGAAGUACAAUGAGGUCUAUACCACCAAAGCAGAUGAUAAAACUUUGGAUAUCAGGCAACAUCAAAGGCAAACAACAAGAUGGGAAACAAGAAGCCAAAGAUCAACUGUAAAGCAAGAGUCAGAG